AACCACGUGACCGUUGUAUUGUUGAUUCUCUUUUGUGUUCGAUAUCGUUUCAUUCUUUCACGUCCUUGCCUUGACGCAGGACGCCAUAAUGCGUCGUACAUGUAACUUUGACUAUCAUGUUAAUAGGAUGGAUUUCCCUCCUCUGAUUUAAGGGACGCUUAGGGAUACCUGUCGGUCAUCAGAAAUCAACCUGACACCACCAAUCGGUAUUAGCAGUAUUAGAGGACUGACCUCAUUAUAUUGAUAAGGAUUUAAAGCUUUGCAUAGGCCUAUGUAAAAGACUGCAAACACUGUGUCGAACUUAAAGUUGGCGUGUGGCUGAGUAUAGGAGCAGCUAAGUCCACUGAAGUUUAAUUUGUGUCUCGAUAACUGAAUUUACGAUCAAGUUAGGAAAGAGAGGAUAGCGACAUCAGACAAAAUGUUGGAAAACGUUCGACGCAAUUAUUUCCUUGUCCUAUUUAUUGUAAUGGUAUGUUUGCUGGUGCUUAUGUUGUACCUGUCAAACGUGUGUGGUAUAAAUUCAUCUGUAAAAUGUUGGCUGAUCAAUGAUGCACCAAAACCCAGACCCAAGUUUAUGGUCAACAAUAUUAAAAAGAUGCCGGAGUAUAUUCCAACCAAGCUUAGUGACUUCAAGCUGGCAUCGCAAUUGGAGGUUUUGAAACAAUGGGAGGAUGACUAUUUCUCAAAGGUUCUCAAAUAUCCCCAAGUAACUGUUUUAGUUCUAAAGGCUAAUCCAAAUGACCCAAUAUCAAAUACGCCAAUCGAUAAAGCAUUUAAUUGGACAGGAUCAAAACUUAUGUGUAAGAAUUUACAAGACCCACCAAAGAAAAAUUUUCUUCAUCUGUACAACAAGUCUUGCACUACAGACUUGUCAGCUGCAUUCAAGCCAAUCAAAUUAGAAGAGUUUUAUUUUAAAAACCCGGAGAGGUUAGACUCAAAUCGUAGACCUGGUGUGGCAACAUUCUUGACUAAGGUGUCAAGGGGCCUGAUAACAGCUGAAUUCGGGCAUGUAAUUAGUGCUAACGUUAAAAUUGUUGCUACACAGUGCAAUUAUCCAGACUUGGGGGAACACCCCCCUGCUAACCUUAAACCUCCAACUAAUGUGGAAGACACUGUGUUUGUAUUAUCCCAGUUUUGGGGUAAUAACAUCUUCCACUCGAUGAUGGAGGAGUUCACACGAGCAAGUUUCUAUAUCAACUUCCUUAAAAAACAUAAGGACGUCAAAAUACACAUUUAUAAUGUUGGGAUAGUUAAAAAUAUUUUGAAACACCUUGGAAUUGAUCCCUCCAGAAUAGUGACUGGACAUGUGUGGGCCAAGACGAUAUAUCUCCCAGAAGGUACAACAUGUGGAAGAGCCAGACCUAUACAUGCUCAGUUCCUCUCCAAGCACCUUAGACAACAAAUUGAUGAAAAGUUUCGUCAGAAUGAAAGAAACAGUGUAGUUUUAAUCAAAAGAAAUCCUGGAGCUUUAAGACACUAUUCCCACCACACAGAGUUACAGAAUUUCAUGGAGAAAUUUGUCCCAGCUCUAGGUUUCAGAUUUGAAUUGUUUACUGAUUCACCAUUACCUUCAUUCAAUGACAUAGCUGCCAUGUUUAAUCGUGCAGUAAUGGUGGUUGCCCCACACGGGGCAGGUCUGUCCAACAUGCUGUUCUCAAAACCUGGAACAUUUAUUGUGGAAUUGGUUUGUAAUUGGAUUCAUAUAAAUUUCUGCUAUCAAAAUGCUGCCCAUAUCCUUGGACAUCGGUGGCAUGGAAUCUCUGGUGUAUCUGGCUGUGAAGGUGUCAUCGACCUACCAACAGAUGAAAUAGAGAAAUCGAUCAAAUUCUAUCUCACAUGGAUUAAAGAACAUAGAAAAGAAUGGGAAAAAAGUGUUGCUCCUCCAAACAAAAAGUAUCACCUUACCUGGAAAAUUGAGCAUAUUGGCAAUCUUACUUUUACAGAUUUUAUUGAGAACACAGAUGACUGGUUGAAAACACUGCAGCCAUAACUACGUUCCAUUGUAGCUGACGCAAGGAAAAUUCUAGAAAUACAUCUGAUGACAAGAUGAAACGAUGUAUAUUGUAAUUGCAGACAAUUAGAGAAACGUAGCUAUUACUUUAUAUGCUUAUAGUUAAAGGAUUCUCUUACUGAGGGGUUUCAAUCCUCGUAAAGACAUUUGUCCUGUCUAUUCAAUUCUUCAACAAGCUUUAAAUUACGACUGUCCCUUAUAUAAUGAAAAUAAUAAUAACAAUUUUAUUAAAAGAUAUAUCAACCAAAAGGUUGAAGUACAUGUACUGGUUUAGAAUGAAAUUUACAAAUGUACAAAUUAAAAUGUUUACAUAAAAUAAAGGAUACACAAUAAGACCAAAAUGAGUUGGAAAAUAAAUAAAGCACAGGCCUCUAAAAUUUUGCUAAAACAAAAGGGAAUAUUAUAAAGGACAUAGGGGAGACCGGGGCUAGUUGGACCCCGGGGUAAGUU